AUCGCAGCUGUUGGUGUCCGAGGCUGCAGGGUGAGAGGCCGAGGCCUGGCUGGGCUUCAGGACACUGAACCCGCCGCAGCUUCAAAUCGCUCGCUUCCGGCGUCAUGGCUCAAAGGGCCUUCCCGAAUCCUUAUGCUGAUUUUAACAAAUCCCUGGCCGAAGGCUACUUUGAUUCUGCCGGGAGGCUGACUCCUGAGUUCUCACAACGCUUGAACAAUAAGAUUCGAGAGCUGCUUCAGCAAAUGGAGAGGGGCCUAAAGUCGGCAGACCCCCGGGAUAGCACGGUUUACACUGGCUGGGCAGGUAUCGCUCUGCUUUACUUACAUCUCUAUGAUGUGUUCGGGGACCCCGCUUACCUCCAGAUGGCACACGGCUACGUAAAGCAAAGUCUGAACAGUCUGACCAAGCGCUCCAUCACCUUCCUUUGCGGGGACGCAGGCCCCCUAGCCGUGGGCGCCGUGGUGUACCACAAGAUGAACAAUGAGAAGCAGGCAGAAGACUGCAUCACCCGGCUAAUUCACCUGAACAAGAUUGACCUCCGUGCUCCAAAUGAAAUGCUCUAUGGACGAAUGGGCUAUAUCUAUGCCCUUCUCUUUGUGAAUAAGAACUUCGGAGUGGAAAAGAUUGCUCAAAGCCAUAUUCAGCAGAUUUGUGAAACAGUCUUAACCUCUGGAGAGACCCUUGCCAGAAAGAGAAACUUCACAGCAAAGACUCCACUGAUGUAUGAAUGGUACCAAGAAUAUUAUGUGGGGGCUGCUCAUGGCCUGGCAGGAAUUUAUUACCACCUGAUGCAGCCCAGCCUUCAAGUGAACCAUGUGAAGUUACAAAGUUUGGUCAAGCCCAGUGUAGAUUAUGUCUGCCAGCUGAAAUUUCCUUCUGGCAAUUAUCCUCCGUGUGUGGAUGAUAAUCGAGAUCUUCUAGUCCAUUGGUGUCAUGGUGCACCUGGAGUGAUCUACAUGCUCAUCCAGGCCUAUAAGGUCUUCGGGGAGGAACAGUACGUCGACGACGCCUACCAGUGUGCUCACGUGAUCUGGCAGUACGGACUGCUGAGGAAGGGCUACGGGCUGUGCCACGGCACUGCGGGGAAUGCCUAUGCGUUCCUCACGCUCUAUAACCUCACGCAGGACAGGAAGUACCUGUACAGGGCCUGUAAGUUUGCUGAGUGGUGCUUAGAUUACGGAGAACACGGUUGCAGAACGCCGGACACCCCCUUCUCCCUCUUCGAAGGAAUGGCUGGAACCAUCUAUUUCCUGGCUGACCUCCUAGUGCCCACAAAAGCCAAGUUCCCUGCGUUUGAACUAUAAAAGGAAAGCCUGCCCCCUGCAAUGCACUGCAUGACCCUUUCUGUAUAUCAAACCUGGACUAAGUGCUUUCAUUGCUUUUCAAGGAAACAUAGAGUCAAACCGUGUACUCCAUUGAGUUGAGUUGUUGUUGUUUUUCAGAACUUGCCUUUGGUUCCUUUUGUUCUGUCAUUUACUUUUACUUGAAAGUAUCCAAGGAAAUCUCUUAACUUUAACCUCAAUUCCUUCCUAAAGGUAGGAUGAGUGAUAUGUACAGUGUUUUGAGGGCGUAGGUAUAUAUAUAUUUCAGAACCUGGAGGAAAUCUCUUACUUAAGCUUAUGAAUAUAACUAGCAGUUGCUGUUCUAAAAAUGUUGAAACUAAAUGUAGAUAAAUAUAUGGUUAUUGGUGGAUAUUGCCCUCCACCUUUAGAGUAUUUUUCCUCCAAUAGGGCAGACUGUUUUAUGACUUGUUUUUCUUUAGGUGAUUGAUUGUGAAGGGGGACAAAAAUAUUAACCAUAUGCUUCUGAGACAAAAGUUGCAUGAGUUGCAGCCUGGUUUAAGGACCGAAAUACCGCUUUUCAAAUUCACAGUGCUGGUUUAACUAGAGAUAAAGAUACUUUCAGAUUUGCUUCCUCUUGGUAGUAAAGCAUCCGGGCCCUAUAAGCCAGCAUUUUUAUCAAAAAGUUCUAAAAUGCAGUGGUGGUUUUAAAAACUCUGAUUUGAAGAUUAGUUUCAAGGUAAGCAAACAAAAAGUUUAUUGUUUCUUCUAAAAUAAGCGAGUGCAUUUUUGAAUGAUUUAUUUAAAUUUGUUCUUUGGAAUUAGUAUAAGAUCAGGAGACGAGUUUUCUGUAUGUGAAUGUUGUGACUUAGGAUUUGAGUCCAUCCUGUCCACCCUACCUUCUGAACUUUGACUUGUGUUUUACUUCCUUGGCAGUGACUGUACUUUAGUGCUCAUUCUUUGGUACAAGCCAUAAGAUAUUUUCCUUCCUUUCAAUCUAUCUGGAUGUUUGUCUUUUUACUAAAUAGUACAGUACUCUACAUCUCUUUAAAAGGGGGGAGGAGGGCUAUGUAGCCAAUAACUUGAACAAAAACACUAAGCUUUCCAUAGAAAUGCUGUUUAUUUAGGAGGUAUUAGCCAGUGAAAAUGUUUAGAACAAAUAGAUCCUAUCUCUUUGCAUAUCCUAGGCUUAACUUAAAUUCCUCAAUUUCUGAGCCCUUGGGAUCAGGAUCCUAUAUUUAUAUGGUAGAUGAAGGAUCCCUGGUGCUUCACAUUCUGUAUAAAUGGUCCGACUCAUCAGCUUCCCCUCCCCUUCCUUCCUUCACUGCCUUUCCCAGGCUGGUUUCAUCCUUUCUGUAUGUUUCGACUGAUUUUAGAACAUUUUGCAGCUUUACAAAACAGGGUCUAAGAAUUUUAAAUGUGCCUAUUUCUCAGUCACAAAAGCAUGCUAUUUUUAUUUUAACUUUGAACCAAAUCCCACUGGGUAUAUGUUGGUUCCUGUGGAUAGUAGUCCCCUAUUAUUUCACAUUCAGCACCAAAACAGCUUAUAUUAUUGGAAAUUGUCGGACCCUUGAAAGGCUACCGACAGAGGGAUCUAAAAAAAUAGCCCACUGCUCAGUUCCUAGGAUUGGCUUAUUCCUCUGUGACUCGUGCCCGUUGGGCAAACCUCGUGCCUCUCAGAUGUCGAAGUGCUGCGGGUGAGCUGUGCCUUUCUCCCAGGCCGUUCCCAUGAGCUGCGGUGGCAUUUAUAGUAAAGCUAAUUUGCCUUGGGCUGGGUGUCCAACUUGAAAGAUUAAAAUCCACUUAGUUUAGUUAAAUGUCUUACUAGACUGUGCCUGUACUUUGAGCUACUAUAAUUACUAACCCAAGGGAAAGAGAGCAAAACACACUUUCUCUUAGCCAGAGGAAACUUAAUCAUGGUACAUCUCCAAACAUCUUGAUUAAUUUAACCCCGGGAAGACUUCAAGGCAGGGAGAAGAACAUUUUGAGUAAGAUCCUUGUUAAUAUUUAGAUUGCAAUUAGGAGCACCUGGGUGGCUCAGUCGUUAAGCAUCUGCCUUUGGCUCAGGUCAUGAUCCCAGGGUCCUGUUAUCGA